AUGUGUAUUGACUAUCGACUUGUGAAUAAUUUCAUCCAGCUGUCUAGCUAUCCGCUACCUCUCAACGACGACCUGCUAGUUGGUUUUGCGAAAGCACUCUGGUUCAUGAGCCUGGAUAUGGCCAGCAGUUUCUGGGCAAUCAAAAUGACCGAAAGAGCUAACUUUCGUAUGCCCGUUUGGACAUUUCCAGUGGAUUCGAAUGCCGUUUGGUUUAAAAAUGCACCUCUGAUUUACCAGCAAGUGAUCAACAAUUGCCUGUGGGGAUUCGUGCGUCUGCCACCAGAAGAGGAGGCGGAAGUAGACCAAGAAGUUUUGGAUUACCUGAAUCUGGACCCCCAGGAUGAUGGACCUCCAGGGUGUAGCACUCCAGGGUGUACCGGUUGUGAAGACGGCCAUAUUGCUCGGUCGAUACCGACCCUGGCGGACCAAAUGACAGUAUUCAAGAGGAACAUCCCUGUUCCGACGCAGAUGUCACCUGUCUUAGGGCGCAGUUCUUAUAUCGAUGAUAUCGCACAUGGCGCACCGACUUGGAAUGCAUUGUGUGCUGAUUUGGAUGCCUUGUUAUACAGGCCGCGAUAUUGGAAUAUCUCAGUGAGUGUGCCGAAGAGCGAGUUCGAGAAAUUGUCCAUUCCAUAUCUGUCGCAUGAGAUUAGCGCUGAAGAAAUCAGUGCAACACCGGGCAUUCAGGAUUUACCGUUCCCAACUACAAUGAAGGGAGUGCAAUCUUUCUUGGGCAGCCUGAAUUACUAUCACAAAUUCCUCAAAGACUACACUGUGAUUGCAGCCUCCCUGUAUGAGCUCUCGGAUGACCAAGUGCGUUCAGGACGAGAUCUAUCCAGGGCAAAGCAGGCGUUUGAAAUCCUGAAACACAAGAUCGUGUCGACCCCAGUAUUGAGGCACCCUGAUAGGACCAAACCGUUUGUUAUUAUACCCCAUGCAAAUCUAUGGGCUGCCUGUGCGGCCCUGGGUCAAGAACAUGACGGUUUGAUCCAGCCAGUUCGUUUUACGGGGCGGGUCCUCCACGAUGCGGAGUUGAGAUACCACAUCGCAGAAAAGGAGGUCAUCGCCGUGUUGAGACGUUCAGAACAUUCGAGGCUUUUCUUCAAGAUCUGGGUCUUGAUCCAAGUCUGCCUCGUGUCUCGAUGCCUCCGUCGAUCCAACAUUAGUAGGCACUUCUUCCCUGUGUUCAUCUUUGACCUUGACAUUAUCUUAGGGCUCACGGUGAAAUCCCUGGUUCGAAAUCCGGGCACGCACGCCAUUGUGGUGGGGCGGGAUCUGCGAAAAUCUCGUCGACGCAGGUCUCGAUACCACUGGCGCCCGGACACCGACUAA